AUGAAUGAGCUGAGAGUGCUUAUCCAAGACAGCACAGGGGAGUCUAUGGUGUGGAGUCGGAAGGGAAACCAGAGCUCCUUGUGGCUGUAUGGUGCCAUCACUCAUACUUUUCCAACAAAGAGAAAGAUAAAGGUAAUUUUUGAGGCUGUCCGAGGACUAACAGAGUACGGGGAUACAGCACUGGACAAUGUGAGAGUAAGAGAUGGACCCUGUGAAGCUGUCCCUACUCCUGUACCACCAACAUCUACACCAACAGAACCUACACCACCUCCAGUGACAGAAGCAAUCUGCAGUAUACAUGGGGAUCCUCACUAUUACACCUUUGACAAGCAGCGUCAUGACUUCAUGGGCACCUGCACCUACACCCUCUCCAAGCUGUGCGAGAGCAACAGCUCGCUGCCCUACUUCAACGUGGAAGCGGCCAACGAGCACAGGGGAGGCAACACUCGCGUGUCCUAUGUCCGAUACGUGGACAUUGAUGUGUAUGGCUACAGGAUUCAUCUGGAUAAAAACAGAGUUGUUAAGGUUGAUGGAGUCAGCCAGGUGGUCCCUCUAACCUUGGAGCAAGGUGUCAGUAUUUCCUUCAGUGGACAGUAUGUUGUGGUUACUACUGACUUUGGGCUGAAUGUCAAGUUUGAUGGAAAUCACAGAGCAGAAAUCACUCUUCCCAGUACCUAUAUGUCUAAAGUCUGUGGAAUCUGUGGAAAUUAUAAUGGUCACAAAGCAGAUGAUUUUCUCAACCCAGAUGGAGAGAUGGAAACAAAUUCAGCUGAACUUGGCAACAGUUGGCAGGUUUACAAUGACUCCAGGUGCUUGCCAGAUGAUGGCCACACUCCAAAUUGUACUGCUGAUGAAAAACAUAUAAUCCAAAGCAAUGAAUACUGUGGUCUGAUCACAGAUCCCAAUGGUCCAUUCCAGAAUUGUCAUGCAGUAGUUGAUCCACAAAGUUACUCUGACUCCUGCCAGUAUGAUCUCUGUGAAUUUCAUUUGAACAAUGCAGCCCUCUGUCAGAACCUGCAGGCUUAUGCAGACGUGUGCCAAGCUGUAGGAGUUCAGCUGACACCAUGGAGAAAUGCAACCUUCUGCCCACUCACCUGCCCUGAAAACACUCACUAUGAGCCCUGUGCUGCAGCCUGCCCUGCCACCUGUGUUGACCCAACAGCACCCUACAACUGCAGCCUGCCAUGUGUGGAGAGCUGUGUGUGUGACAGCGGGUACCUGCUCUACAAUGACCAAUGUGUGCCCAGCCACCAGUGUGGCUGCUGGCACAAUGGGCAGCACUACCCCGUGGGCUCUGAGUUCUGGACGGACAACACCUGCUCCUCCAAGUGCAAGUGUCCCGCACGGGGAAGCAAAGUCCAGUGCUCCAGUGCCUCCUGCCCUGCAGGCCAGUACUGUGGAGUGCAGAAUGGGAAACCAGAGUGCCUUGAACAAUCCUAUGGCAUCUGCCACAUCCACGGUGACCCUCACUACAUCACCUUUGACAAAGUGACACAUGACUUCAUGGGCACCUGCACCUACACCCUGGCCAAAGUGUGCUCCAACACCACUUCCCUGCCCUACUUCAAUGUGGAGGCCAAGAACGAGCAUCGUGGGAACACUAGAGUGUCCUAUGUGCGCCAAGUCCUGGUUGAGGUGUAUGGAGUGCACAUUGCCAUUGUCAAGCAGGAGAAGAGCCAAGUGCUGGUGAACAACGUGCGCCAGACCUUGCCAGUCAGCGCAGCGGGAGGUGCCAUCACGGUGAGCAGGAGCGGCCGCUACAUCAUCCUGGAGACAGACUUCAACCUCAGAGUGUCCUACGACACUGACCACUCGGUGGAGGUGAAGGUGCCCACCACCUACUUCAACAUGACCUGUGGCAUGUGCGGGAACUUCAACAACCGCAGAGAUGACGAUUACAUGAUGCCCAACGGGCAGCAAGCUGCAAACACAAAUGAGCUGGGGGAGAGCUGGCAGGUCCCAGACAACGACUCCUCUUGUGGGGUCCCCGUCCCCCCCCCACCCUGCAGUGAAGAAGAGGAGAAGCUCUACCGAUCCGACCAGUUCUGUGGCAUGCUGACUGCCCGUCCUGGUGCUUUUGAGAAGUGCCACGCCGUGAUCAACCCCCAGAGCUACUUUGACAGCUGUUUCUAUGACCUGUGUGCCCUGAACGGUGGCCAGGAGUUCCUCUGUGCUACUCUGGAGGCUUACGCUGAUGCGUGCCAGGCAGCUGGCAUCACUCUUCUUCCGUGGAGGAAUGCCACCUUCUGCCCUGUUGCAUGCCCUCCCAACAGUCACUACAAUCCAUGCACCAGUGCUUGUCCAGCCACCUGCCUUGACCCUCUUGCACCAAAGAACUGCAGCAGACCCUGUGUAGAAGGGUGUGAAUGCAACAGUGGUUUUGUACUGAGUGGGGCACAGUGUGUGUCCACGACCAACUGUGGCUGCCUUCAGAAUGGCAAAUAUUACGAGAAAGGAGAAUCUUUUUGGCAAACAGAUUGUGCAGGCCAUUGUGAAUGUACUGGAAACGGGACUGUGGUUUGCAAUUCAGACAAGUGUGAAGUAAGCGAAGUUUGCAAGGUGCAGAAUGGACUCCUGGGAUGUUAUCCAUUGAAUCCCAGCACCUGCCACAUUUAUGGGGAUCCACACUAUAUAACCUUUGAUGGGAGACUCUACCAUUUCCAAGGAGACUGCAAUUAUACUGUUGUUGAGAAAUGCACAAAUUCUUCUGGAAGGUUUUCAGUGACAACCAGAAAUGAACACAGAGGAAACCCAAACUGGACAGCCUUGAACUCUGUUGCUGUCACAUUGCAAAAUCUUCACAUUGUUGUGAAGAAAAAUAAGGAGACCUAUGUGAAUGGAGUUCAGGUUCAUCUUCCUGUGGAUUUGAACCAUGGAGCCAGAGUAGCUAUAAAAGGACCUUAUGUGGUCAUUGAUACCUCUCUAGGGAUCCAGGUGAAAUUUGAUGGUGACCAGGACCUUUUUAUUCUGGUUGAUGAAAGUCUGAAAGGACAGCUGUGUGGUCUGUGUGGGACAUUCAAUGACAACCAACUGGAUGAUUUUCUAAAACCAGAUAAUGUCCUAGAACAGGAUCCAAAUAAAUUUGGUGACAGCUGGUUGGUGAAGGAUGACAACAGGACUGGGCCUUUUCAGGUCUGCCAUUGGCACAUUCCCCCACAGCUGUACUUUCAGAGUUGUGUUUAUGACCUGUGUGCCACAGAGGGGAAUUCUGACCAGUUUUGCAAGAUCUUAGAGGCCUAUGCUGCUGCCUGUGAACUUGGAGGUGUGAAUCUCGGUGAAUGGUGGAAAGAUACCAUCUGUGCUGUACCACCAGCCUGCAAUAUGUCAUGCACUUUUGAUGUUGACUUCUGUCAGUGGGAACAGGCAACCAGUGACGACUUUGACUGGAUAAGGCACAAAGGGCCAACACCCACACCAGAUACUGGCCCUUCUGAGGACCACACAACUGGAGAUGGCUACUAUAUCUACCUGCAAGGAAGUAACCAUGAGCAAAGUGAUGUAGCCCACUUGGUCAGUCCAGUAUGCACUUUGAAAGGACCACACUGCUUCCGCUUCUGGUAUCACAUGUAUGGAUUGGCCGAAGCAAUGGCCCUGCGCGUGUAUGUAGUUCACAAUGAAACGUCAGUUCUGGUAUGGAAAGAAGCUGGAAACAAAGGGAAUAGAUGGAACUUUGGAGAAGUGACAGUGCAAAGCACAGGAAACAUUCAGAUUCUGUUGGAAGGCAUGAUAGGUGAAAACUUCCAGAGUGACAUAGCAUUGGAUGACCUGUCCAUUGAAAAAGGAUACUGCACAGGCAACGCGACUCCAACACCAGGCAUCCCUACCACCACACCUUCAGGACAGGAAACCACACCAGCACCCAUGCCGGGCUCAGGGACCUGUGUGGUGGAAGGAGACCCUCACUACCACACCUUUGACAAGCAGCUACACCACUUCAUGGGCACCUGCACCUACACCCUCUCCAAGCUGUGCGAGAGCAACAGCUCGCUGCCCUACUUCAACGUGGAAGCGGCCAACGAGCACAGGGGAGGCAACACUCGCGUGUCCUAUGUCCGAUACGUGGACGUCGAUGUGGCUGGCCAGCGGAUAAGGCUGGGGAAGGGUGGAGUGGUGACGGUCAAUGGAGUGGCAGAGGUCUUGCCCUGCACCCCAUCGGCAGGCGUGCAGGUCUCAUCCAGCGGAUUCUACACAGUGGUCACAACUGACUUUGGCCUGAAGGUGAAGUUUGAUGGGAACCAUCGGGUGGAGGUGACGCUUCGAAGCACCUUUGGGCAGAAGGUUUGUGGCAUGUGUGGGAACUACAACGGCGUGGCAGCAGAUGACUUCCUGAACCCGGAAGGUGGGCUGGAGCCAGACUCCACCAGCCUGGGCAACAGCUGGCAGGUGUACAACGACAGCAGCUGCUCACCCGGAACACGCCCUACCCCGGCCUGCAAUGAGACAGACAAGCAAGUCAUUGCCAGCAACCGCUUCUGUGGGCUCCUCAGUGACACCAGCGGCCCGUUUCAGACGUGCCACCCUGUGCUGAGCCCCAGCGGCUACUUUGAGACCUGCCUUUAUGACCUGUGUGAGCUGGGGCUGGACCGCGAGGCCCUGUGCAAGAGCUUGCAGUCCUACGCGGACGCCUGCCAGGCCCUUGGUGUCAAGAUCCCCGUGUGGAGGAACGCAACCUUCUGCCCCAUUGCCUGUCCAGCCAACACUCACUAUGAGCCCUGUGCUGCAGCCUGCCCUGCCACCUGUGUUGACCCAAUGGCUCCUGCUAGCUGCAGCCUGCCAUGUGUGGAGAGCUGUGUGUGUGACAGCGGGUACCUGCUCUACAAUGACCAAUGUGUGCCCAGCCACCAGUGUGGCUGCUGGCACAAUGGGCAGCACUACCCUGUGGGCUCUGAGUUCUGGACGGACAACACCUGCUCCUCCAAGUGCAAGUGUCCCGCACGGGGAAGCAAAGUCCAGUGCUCCAGUGCCUCCUGCCCUGCAGGCCAGUACUGUGGAGUGCAGAAUGGGAAACCAGAGUGCCUUGAACAAUCCUAUGGCAUCUGCCACAUCCACAGUGACCCUCACUACAUCACCUUUGACAAAGUGACACACAGCUUCAUGGGCACCUGCACCUACACCCUGGCCAAAGUGUGCUCCAACACCACUUCCCUGCCCUACUUCAAUGUGGAGGCCAAGAACGAGCAUCGUGGGAACACCAGAGUGUCCUAUGUGCGCCAAGUCCUGGUUGAGGUGUAUGGAGUGCACAUUGCCAUUGUCAAGCAGGAGAAGAGCCAAGUGCUGGUGAACAACGUGCGCCAGACCUUGCCAGUCAGCGCAGCGGGAGGUGCCAUCACGGUGAGCAGGAGCGGCCGCUACAUCAUCCUGGAGACAGACUUCAACCUCAGAGUGUCCUACGACACUGACCACUCGGUGGAGGUGAAGGUGCCCACCACCUACUUCAACAUGACCUGUGGCAUGUGCGGGAACUUCAACAACCGCAGAGAUGACGAUUACAUGAUGCCCAACGGGCAGCAAGCUGCAAACACAAAUGAGCUGGGGGAGAGCUGGCAGGUCCCAGACAACGACUCCUCUUGUGGGGUCCCCGUCCCCUCCCCACCCUGCAGUGAAGAAGAGGAGAAGCUCUACCGAUCCGACCAGUUCUGUGGCAUGCUGACUGCCCGUCCUGGUGCUUUUGAGAAGUGCCACGCCGUGAUCAACCCCCAGAGCUACUUUGACAGCUGUUUCUAUGACCUGUGUGCCCUGAACGGUGGCCAGGAGUUCCUCUGUGCUACUCUGGAGGCUUACGCUGACGCGUGCCAGGCAGCUGGCAUCACUCUUCUUCCGUGGAGGAAUGCCACCUUCUGCCCCCUGCUGUGCCCCUCCAACAGCUACUACGACCCCUGCAUGACCGGCUGUCCUGCCACCUGCGUUGACCGGCACGCCCCGCAGAACUGCUCCAAGCCCUGUGUCGAGGGCUGUGCGUGUACCUCUGGCUUCCUCCUCAGCGGAGACACCUGUGUGCCCGAGGCCCAGUGUGGCUGCCUCUUUGAGGGCAACUACUACAGCCAAGGCGAGUCCUUUGUGAAUGAGAACUGCACUCGCCAGUGCCGCUGUGAAGCCAACGGCCAGAUGGUUUGCUCUGCGUUGUCCUGUAGUAUGGAUGAGGUCUGCAAGAUCCAGAACGGCCAGAGGGGCUGUUACCCAGCCAGCAUUGCUCUCUGCCACAUCUACGGCGACCCACAUUACAGCACCUUCGAUGGGAAGCUUUACCACUUCCAGGGCUCCUGUAACUACACGGUGGUGACGGGCUGUGAUAACUCCUCCGUUGGGUUCAGCGUCACCACCCGCAACGAGCAUCGCGGCAGCCAGAGCUGGACAGCUCUGAACUCAGUGGCACUGUCCAUGGAAGGCCUCCACAUUGCACUGCGCAAGAGCAAGGCAGUCUACAUCAACUAUGCUCUGGCCUCCCUGCCUGCUUCUCCUGCACCUGGUGUGACCAUCACUGUAAGUGGCUCCUACGUGCGAGUUUCCACCAACCUGGGCCUGCAUCUGCAGUUCAAUGGGGACCAGGAGCUCCUAGUGACGGUGUCUGAGAAGCUGAAGGGCAAGCUGUGUGGGCUGUGCGGGACGUACACUGGGAGUCAGCAGGACGACUUCAUGCGACCCGAUGGAGUUGUUGUGCCCAGCUUCAAUGAUUUUGGAGCCAGCUGGAUGCAGCCAGAUGAUGAGUGGCCGUGUGACCCAGCCAUCAGCCCGCCAGCCUCCUGCUCCCCCUCUGAGGAGGAGGCAGCUAACAAGACCUGUGCAAUCCUCACACAACUCGGUGGGCCCUUCCGGCCAUGCCACGCAGUUCUGCCACCCAAGACGUACUUUGAGAGCUGUGUCUAUGACCAGUGUGCCACGAGUGGCAGCACGGAGCAGUUCUGCAAUGACCUGGAGGCCUAUGCCACAGCCUGUGCUGAGGCAGGCGUUGCUCUGGGAGACUGGAGUGCUGGCACUGUCUGUGCUUCCCCCACAGACUGCAAUUUUGCCUGCACAUUUGAUGACGACUUCUGUGAGUGGGUCAUGGCAGAUUACAGCAGCAUUGACUGGAUAAGAAACAAGGGUCCAACACCCACACUGAAUACUGGCCCCUCCUCUGACCACACAACAGGAGACGGCUACUACAUCUACCUGCAAGGAGGACUCAGUGCCUUCCCUGGUGCCUCAGCUCAUCUGGUCAGCCCAGUGUGUAGUUCGGAAGGACCACACUGCUUCCGCUUCUGGUAUCACAUGUACGGAACUGCUGAAACAAUGGCCCUGAGAGUGAACCUGGUGAAGGGCAAUGACCUAGUGCCCAUCUGGAACAGCACUGGGAACCACGGGGAUAGAUGGAACCUGGGAGAGAUCACAGUGCAGAGCACAGGAAACUUGCAGAUUGACCUGGAGGGAGAAUGGGGUGAAGAUUCCCGGAGUGAAGUAGCAUUGGAUGAUCUGUCCUUUGAAAAGGGAUACUGUGCAGGUCCACCAACACAGCCUCCACCCACGCCAUCAACACCAAGACCCACACCGAGCUCAGGCCGUGCUAUCUGCAGUGCCUCUGGGGAUCCCCAUUAUAACACUUUUGACCACAGAGUUCACAAUUUCAUGGGAAAUUGUACUUACACUCUCUCCAAAGUGUGUAAUGUCUCUGAGAGGCUUCCAUACUUUGAUGUGUCCACAACGAAUGAGCACAGAGGAGGCAACACCAAAGUCUCUUAUGUGAAGUCAGUGCAAGUGGAAGUCUAUGGCAACCAGAUUUCUUUGCUGAAAAACAAGAAAUUGAAUGUGAAUGGCAUCAGAAUGAACCUGCCUGUAUUUAUUGAAAAUAAGAUCAUUAUUCAAAGCAGUGGUGGAUAUAUUCUCUUGGAAACUGACUUUGGACUGUGGGUGAGAUAUGAUGGAAAUCACUAUGCAGAAGUCUCUGUGCCCUCUAGUUACCGUGGUCUGCUCUGUGGCCUCUGUGGUAAUUAUAAUGGUGAUCCAAAUGAUGACAACAUAAAGCCCAAUGGUGACAUUGCAAGUGGUUCCACUGAUCUUGGACAAAGCUGGCUUGUACCUGAGAACAACACCAUAUGCUCAAAUGGAAUAGAAGAGCAAUGUGAUCCUGUGCUGGAGAGUGAAGCAAAGAAGAACACGACAUGCGGCAUGAUCACAGACCCAGAAGGAAUCUUCAAGGCUUGUCAUACCAAAGUGCCUCCAGAGAAUUUCUUUGAAAACUGUGUUUAUGACAUGUGUUUCACCGGUGGACAGGCAACAUCCUUGUGCUAUGGGCUGCAGGCCUAUGCCGAGUCAUGCAUCAAUGCUGGGAUAUGCAUAGAGUGGAGGAAUGCUACUCUUUGCCCAAUGGCCUGUCCUGGAGGAAGCAUCUACCAGAGCUGUGGUACUAGGUGUCCCUCUACCUGUUUGAACAUCUCAGCAGUUGAUUCCUGCAGUUCCUUACCAGUGGAAGGUUGCUUCUGUAAGGAAGGCUAUGUUUUAAGUGGAGACAAAUGUGUGCCAGAAAGCAGAUGUGGCUGUGUUGAUAAGAAAAACCAGUAUCACGAGCUGGAGGAAAGCUGGUUCCCCAGUUACCCCUGCACUGAACGCUGCACCUGCAAGGCUAAUAAUACCAUUAUAUGCACAUCCUGGGAGUGUGGAGUCCGAGAGGAAUGCAGUGUUAAGGAUGGUGUGCUGGGCUGUCAUUCCAAUGGCCAAGUAACAUGUCAAGUAAUGGGAGAUCCCCAUUAUUUCACUUUUGAUGGAUUGAUGUACACUUUUGUGGGUACCUGCACCUACACCUUGGUUGAGGUUUUCAACACCAAUGGUGUCGUUCCUAUAACCAUCCUUGGCAAAAAUGAAGACAGAGGACUAAGAGGGGCCACAUAUCUGAAAGAAGUCUAUGUAGACCUGCAUGAUGUACGAAUCACUCUUCAGAAAAGCCAAGGAAUCCUGCUGAACAAUGAGAGGGUCUACACUCCAGUGGAGAGCCGAUUGCGAGGGGUGUCCAUUGGAAACGUUGGCAGAUUCAUAGUACUGGAAACUGACUUUGGUGUGAUAGUGAAAUAUGAUGGCAAUCACCAUCUGGAAAUCACCCUCCCACAGUCUUAUUACUCAAAGGUACAUGGCAUGUGUGGUAACUUCAAUGAUAAUCAUGAAGAUGAUCUGUCCUUGCCCAAUGGUACACUUGUCAAUGUCACACAGUUUGGAAAUAGCUGGAAAGUGGAGGAAGACAGUGAUGCAGGUUGUUUACCAGACUCAAGAGAAGAUGAUGCUCCUCCUUGCACUGCUGAGAACAAACCAGUCAUUGAAAGCCAGUGCAAUGUCCUAAAAUCAGACAAAUUUAAAGCAUGUCAUAAUCUAGUCAAGCCUGAAAACUUCAUACAGAUCUGCAUCUAUGACAUGUGCCAAUAUGAUGGCAUGAAGUCUGCUCUCUGUGACAUAGUUCAAGCCUAUGUGGACACCUGCAGAAAUUAUGGAAUCACCAUUAAAUGGAGGAAUAGCACAUUCUGUCCCUUGCCCUGUCCAACCUACAGCCAUUACACGGGCUGUGUCUCCGCCUGCCCAUCAACAUGCAAUGACAUUUUUGCCUCUUCCCUUUGUGAGAAGACAAAAGAGUGCACAGAGGGCUGUGAGUGUGAUGAUAGUUAUGUGCUCAGCAAUGGCAAGUGUGUACCCUUGAGCAAUUGUGGCUGCAGGGAUGAUGACAACAAUUACUACAGUGCUGGGGAGACUUGGAUAACCCCACACUGCAGCAAAAGAUGCCAAUGUCAGAAGAAUGGUGUCAUCCAGUGCAAGAGCUAUAGCUGUGAUUCUAGAGAAACCUGCGUGAUCAAAAAUGGAAAACACAAGUGCAACCCAACAGGUUUUGGGAGGUGCCGGAUCAUGGGCGAUCCACACUACACCACCUUCGAUGGGCUGGUGCACCACUUUCAAGGGAGGUACACUUAUAUUCUGGUUCAGACCAUCCCUGGCCUACCUGAUGCUCUGACACAGUUCAGGAUCGAGGGCACAAACUACCCUUUCCGUCGGAGCCGACGCAUCACUUACCUGAGGGAGAUUCUCAUCAACGUUUACAAUCACACAGUGAGAUUCAGGCAGAACAAGCAGUUAUUGCUGGAUGGUGUGAACGUGAGACCCCCUGUUAAUCCUCAUGAAGGUAUUCGUAUAUAUCAAAGGACAACAAGAAUUUACCUGGAGACAGACUUUGGCUUAUACUUGAGCUUUGAUGGCAGUCAAAAUGCAGAUAUAAAGCUGGCCAACACCUACAGAAACAGAGUAGAGGGCUUGUGUGGCAACUUUGAUGGGAUAUACAGAAAUGACUUCACAAAGCCAGAUGGAAGACGAGAUGACAAUUCAGAAAAUGAGUCUGAGGAGGAACUGGAUCCAGGGCUCUUCCAAGGCUGCGAUAAAAAUCAGCUGGAGCAAGAAAACAUGACUUCUAGAUGUCAAAUCAUAACUGACUCAAAUGGUCCUUUUGUAAAGUGUCAUUCUGUGGUCUCACCAGAUUUCUAUUUCACGAGCUGCCUGUUUGAUAUGUGUGUGUCAGGAAAUGAGGAUGAUACCUUGUGUCACAGUCUGGAGGAAUACGUGCUGGCUUGUCAGCAGCAAGGAGUCACUAUGGAAGGCUGGAGGCAACAGACAGUUUGUGGUUUAUCAUGUCCUGCCAACAGCAAGUACAGCUCAUGCAUGUCUGCGUGCCCAGCAUCCUGCAGUGACUUGACCAGCCCCUCUGAGUGUGAAUCACCUUGUGUUGAAGGCUGUGAAUGUGUCCCUGGUUAUGUUCUCAGUGGCUCUGCCUGUGUGCCUUACAAACAAUGUGGCUGCACAUACCUUGACAAAUAUUAUGAGAUUGGAGAAACCUUCACCACUGAUGACUGCUCUCAGAGAUGCCAGUGCACAGAAAGCUCCACUGUCUUCUGCUUUAACAUAGCGUGUGGAUCUGAUGAAAUCUGUGGCAUUUCAAACUACAGUCGGGGCUGCUAUAGGAGUGGACCAUGUAUGCCAGAUCCUUGCAUGAAUGAUGGUGUGUGCUCUGAAAACAGCAACAGCACAUCCUUCCAGUUCUCCUGUGAAUGUCCAGAACUAUACACAGGACCAAGAUGUGAGGCUGAAAGGACAGUUGAAGAACCUUCCACUGAGAAUUCUGAGGACCAUACAGUUGCCAUUGUCAUUGGAGUUGUGGCAUGCAUGGUUGUUAUUGUCAUUCUCAUCUCCUCUACAGUGUACCUGUACAGAAGGAAGAGAAAGACGGAUGAAGUUACAAUAUCAAGGGAUACUUCUUUGAAAAGGUUCAGGCAUGUAUUGGAUGAGAGAACACAUGAGCAAGAUUAUGGCUACAUUGUAAAUGCUGCAUUUGACCAAAAUGAAUCCCAAAAUGCUUAA